AUGGGAAUCAAGGAGGCAGAGCAAGAGCCACAGCUCAGAAUGCAGAAAUUGAUAUCAUUACUGUACUCAUUAACUCAAGAACAUCAAGAAACACCCGGUAAUGACCCACCUAGACCUGUUAUACUCUGUUACGCCACAGGCAGUCAACAAGACUGGG